AUGUUACAAAUUCGUGACAUACAAUGUUAUGCCGACGAUAGCACGGGCGACGCCGCAUAUACCGGUCUUGCAAAUCUCUCUCAGGAGCAAGUGGAUGAGCAUCGAAAAAAACUGGUGUCUAAAAUUGAGAAAUCCCUUGAAGAAGUCUCAAUAUGGGGCCAAAACAAUCUUGUGCAGUUUAACCCCUCAAAGACACAAGUUUGCGCUUUUUCAGCUAAGAAGAAGCCUUUUGCAGUGUCCUCUAAGUUCCAGAAUACUCCGCUCAAAGCCAUGCCUAGCAUCGGUAUUCUCGGUGUCGACAUUGCGAGUGACGUACAAUUUCGCGGUCAUUUGGAGGACAAGGCUAAAUUAGCCUCAAAGAAACUCGGGGUGCUCGCAAGAGCGAGACAGUACUUCACGCCAGCUCAUCGCCUACUACUUUACAAGGCACAAGUUCGGCCACACAUGGAGUACUGUUCUCACUUGUGGGCUGGAGCACCCGAGUAUCAAUUACUUCCAUUUGACCGCCUUCAGCGUCGUGCCUGCCGCAUUGUCGACCUUCCUGAGCUCACCGAUCGGCUCGAUCCAUUGGCUUUGAGGCGUGAUGUUGCGUCUCUAUGUGUGUUUUAUCGCAUUUACAACGGCGAGUGUUCUGAGGAACUGUUUGCAUUGAUACCACCUGCAGAAUUCCAUCACCGCACUGCUCGGCACAAACAAAAAUAUCAUUGUCACCAUCUCGAUGCAUGGCGUUCGACUACUGUGCGUUUUGCACGGCAUUUCUUGCCUAGAACCACACUCUUGUGGAACAAACUACCACCUUCCGUGUUCCCCAACCAAUAUGACAUGGGAACCUUCAAGAAAAAAGCCUACACCCACCUCAAAAGCCUUCUUCCACCUAAAAACCGGCAAUACGUUCCCUAA